GCCAGCCGCACGUUCCGAGUUUUCGUGCCAGCAGUCGACUCGCAGCCUGGCUUUCCAACUGGCACGCCGGAGUGCUUUCUAAUACUGUGCCCUCUCGUUCCCUCGUCUCGUCCCUCUCCUCUUCUCCCCCGCGAUCUCUCCUUCCCCCUGGCAGUUUCUCUUUUUAUCUCUGCAUCUCUUUCUCUCUCUUUCUCACUUUUUCUCUUUCUCUUUCUCCGCUCUUUAUUCUCGUGUCUCUAUUCCGCGACAUGACGCGUUGAUGAUCUACACGCUGCAGCAUAGAGCCAGCAGCGGUGGCAGUGCUCGUUCGGGACUGAAAACCACCACCGCCGCUGGUGGUGGUCCAGUACGAGAUUCAAUCUUCGAAGCGCCUUUUGAAGCUCUAUGUGCGUCAGUGCGCGAUUAAGAAUCGUGGGGGAAACUGUGCCAGACGACGUCGUGAGCGAUACACCAAGGACGACGAUGAUGUAAAUUCCGCAAACGAUUCGCUCGAAAAGACGUCUGUCCUGAUGAGAGAGAAGAUGGCAUAUUCGAAGGGACCCGCGUGGAGGAUAUCACCUCGGUGAUUUCAAUCGCCAACGAGAACUAGAUCUCCGAGGAUCGUCGGAGAAACUGGAGUAAUCAAGGAGCAUGAGAAUAUUAUGGUAAAGGUAGUUCUCGACGGGAGAGGCAAAUGGAGAUAAGAGGAGAGAAAGCGGAGGUAUUUUGACAGCCUCGGCACUUGUCCCGGGAAUGCCUCGAAUGCCUGUGCUGGUACUCCUCGGUAGCUGGGGCUGGGGAUUUUUCGCCAUAUUCCUCCUGCUUCUGGCCCCCCCCAGUCCCGCUGCCAUUCGCAGAGCGGACCGAGGUCACUGCAACAAGACAGUGGACAUUUACGAAGAUGUGUCGAGCCCGGCGGUGACCCCAGCGAAUUGGGGUAAGCCCCUCUCGUGCUGGUACCGUUUCCGUGCCUUUCGCGGAACACCCCGGGACUGGAUUCUGCGGGUGCGCUUCAAGAAGUUUAAGGUCGGAGUGCUGGAGAACGCCACUACCUGCAGCGGCGGUUAUCUGCAGAUCAUAGAUGGCAACACGAAGACCGAGGUGAGCAAUCGCAAGGACCCGGGUGUCUACUGCGGUGAGUCCGAGCAGCCGCAGACUUUUAUCAGUGAGACCAGCUUCGUGCGGGUGAUCUUCCACGCGGACAACUUCACCGAUCAGACUUACUUCAGUUUCGAUUCGCGCGCCGAGCCGCAAUUCGAGGUGUAUCUCAGAUACGGCCAGCACCCGGAGCUCUAUCCGAAUCGUCGCGGCGAGGUCGUGCCAGGCAGCUACUGCGAGCGCGUCUUCAAGGACUGCCGGCUGCAGACAUGUUACGUGCAGAGUCCGGCUUAUCCCGGCAUUUAUCCGCGCGCGUUGCACUGCAAGUAUCGUCUAAACACUCGACUGCCCUUCAUCAAACUCUACAUCGAGAACGAGGAGUUCAAUAUCGACGGUCAGCGAUGUGAAAACAUCAUGACAUGCCCGAUGCGGCCGAUCAGUUCUGGCUCGGAGCACUGCCCGUACGAUUAUAUACGCGUGUACGACGGUAAAAAUGAAAGCAGCCCGGUGAUUGGCACCUUUUGCGGCAUGGGUAAAUUCCCGUACAGCAUCAUUGGUACCAGCGAGGAUCUCUAUGUAGAAUUCGUGUCGUCGCCGGCCGGUCCGUUGCUCAACACCGGUUUCCACUUCAACGUGGGCAACUGGCCCGGUCACGUAGAAACUGCGGGCGUGAAAAACGGCAGCUGCGACUGGUUGCUGAACAGUGAGUCUCUCGUGAGUGGUAACGAGGGUAUUUUCCUGUCGGUCGCGCACUGGUACCCGCCGCACACCAGCUGCACCUACUUGCUACGCGGUCGACCCGGCGAGAUCGCGCGCCUUUAUUUCCCCAGCUUUCGCGUGAAUCGUAUCGAGUCGCCGAUUCAGCCUUACGACGGUGAUUGCGGCGAAAGCCUGACGCUUUACGACGCCGACUGGCCGGACGAUGCCCGGAUUAUCAAAACCUUCUGCGAUACUUUUAGCAAACCGAUGGAGAAGCACGAUUUUGUCUCGACGUCAAACGCGUUGUUCGUGCGAUUCGAAAGCAAGACCGGCAGUUACUCCGGCAGUUCGCUGUAUUACUGGGCUCACUAUGACUUCUUCAACGCGACGAGAUUCGGCGAACCCACGCCCGGUACCGAGUGUGAUGAAAUCUUCGCCUCGUGGAAGACGCGCUCGGGUCGUCUACGGUCGCCAUUGAAUACCUUGGUUUACAAGCGACCGGGCGAUCCGCCCGCCGAUCUGUCCUGCACCUAUAGCUUCGUUACGGACAAGCGGCUGUUCGCGCGCGUGAUUCUUGUGAUAGAGUCGAUCAACUUCAAGGAGCAUCCGUACGCUCAAUGCGGCCAUUGCUGGGAAAGUCGGGUGGACCGGGUGAUUAUCCGGGAACCCAAUCCGGACGGUAUCAAGGGUCACUGCCUCUGUCGGACCAACAACAACGGCACUCCAACGCCUACGAUCUCGCCGUCGGCACCGCGACCGCCCGUUCUCAGAGUAGUCUCUCGGGGCGAAAGAUUGGAUCUGAAGCUGCUGGUGGACGGCGCGCACGCGGCCUCGAGCUACUUCAAGUGGCCCGCGCCACUCUUCGAGGCAAGGUACGAGUUCGCGCACAGUCCUUUGUGCGGGCCGGCGCUUCUGCCGCCCGCUACCGAUGGCGAGAUCGAAUUUCCGCAUUACGAGGCGCUAGGAUACGUCACGCCACCCAGGUCCAUCAAGUGUAUCUGGGAAUUACGGGUGAAUCGCGAGCGCGAUCUCUGGUUACACUUUGACAAGAUCAAAUUCGCAUCGCGCUCCUGCGAGGACGGCAAGCUCGAAAUCUUUCUGCCGGGCAAAGCUGAACCGUAUCUCGGCAUUUGCGGCGAGAAUGUCAGUUAUGUGAGGGAAAUGCCGAUCAUUUCAGCGUCGUACAUUACACCGCCGAUAGAUCAUCAAGCGCCAGGCGGCGACAUAGUCGAGGAAUCACCCGCUGUGAUCAUACAGUUUACUGGAUCGAUGGCACCAGCCAGAGCGGCCUUCAAGAUCGCCUGGACCGAGCUCUUUCAUCUACCAAGAGAUGGAUCCGGAGCCCUCAACACUGGCAAACAAUUGGAGGACUGCGGCUUCCAGUGUCCCGGUGACGCGGGAUGCAUUCCGUUGAGAUUGGUGUGCAAUGGCGUGGUGAACUGUCCCAGUCGCAGCUUGCCUCUACCGGGUAUCCUGAAUGGCACCUUCUUCGAGCCGGACGACGAGUCGGUGGAGACGUGCGGUGGUCCCGUUAGCGGUACCGGCGGCGGUUUCGUUGGACCCGCCGGUUGGGCUGGUGCCGGCUUGGGCGCCGGUCUCGCCAUUCUUUUGGGUCUGGCGUGUUUCAUCGCCAUGUGCAGGCUUUGUAGAAGACGAUCGCGCUCCAGGGACAUACACGUACCCUAUUAGGAGACGCGAUCGUGCCUCUGCGAGUAUAUGCACGAUCUCGGAGAACGCAGAGGUGUCUAAGAGGUCAAAUUCACAGUCGCGUCUCACGGAAUUAACAUUCUUUCUUCAUACCCGUAUGUAUACUUGUGUACAUGCGUAGAUGUAUAUAAACAAGAAAUCUUUAUUCCUGGAGAAACGACUGCGAAUAUGACGUAAGAGACGUCCUCGUGACGUUCUAAUUUUUAUAUUUGAACGUCGCUCAGACGUCUUUGAGCUGGCUGCAUCAACGUCGUUCGACGUUACUAUAAUUUCGGUUAAAUACAUUUUUUUUUCUCUGACUCUAUAUCAUAGAUAAUAUUAUAAUCUAGAGAGAAGAGUAGAGCGCGAAUUCCCGAGGCAAGCUUAACCCGUCGAAACCGUUGGUGCUCUCGCGUUUCAGACCUCUGCUGUUUGAGCUGAGAAAUGAUAGAAAUAAUCGAGAAUUCUCUUUCUCGAGAUAAAGGUGUUUCUCCAUGCUACUCCAAACGACAGAUCCGACAUUGCAAGUAUUUCUCUCAAUGUGAUGCUUCCGGGUCUAAUAAACGUCGAGUUUGCUCAUUAAUUGCGAGAGGUUGACUCCGAAUAUUUACUAUUCUAUCGCGGUGUUCAAGUAUUUCUAUAAUACUGUCUGUCAACGCCGAUCGCCCACCCCAUGUUCGUCACACACUGUCGGUCUUCUAUUUACACUCUUUGCGGAACACUAAUGGUCCAUACAUUAUCCUCCUCUUACAGCGACGACGAAGUUCUAACCGAAGCUGUAUUUGCCACUGCCGCGUUAUACUCGUCGUAUUUUGUCAUCGCGUCUUCUCUACACACACUGCCAUAGACAUAGAACUUCAUACAUAGCCCUCGUCUCGAUCGUUCUCAUAUAUCGUUCGCGAGAACUAUCGUAGAUUCGUGGCGAUCAGGUUUAUUUCUGUCGCUGAUUGUACGGGCAGCGAUAGCUUCAUUUCUAACGAUAGCAAAACAUCUACGAGUUGUAAGUAGCUUCAGUGACAUGCAGAAGCAUUUUUAUAAUUUUAUUAUCAAGUUCCUCUAAUCUAAUUAUAAAAUCUUAUCAAUAAUCAGCAUCGAAGUCUGACAAUAAUGAGUUCGAAACAUUAGAAGAAAAAAAAGACGGAUUAGAUUAAGUUAGAUUAAGUUUUAAAUGAUUACUAUUGUUUUAAAUAAUUUUUUUUUCAAAAAUAUUAGAAUAAUUAUAAUAAAUAAUUUUAUAUUAUGAUAUAUU